AUGGAGACGGGUUCAAUUAGACCAGGCGUCAUUGGGGGAUCGAAACCAAGAGUCGCUACACCAGAAGUGGAGGCGAGAAUUGAAGAGCUCAAGAGACAGAAUCCUGGAAUAUUUUCGUGGGAAAUACGAGAAAAACUCAUCAAGGAAGGUGUGUCAGACCCACCCAGUAUUUCUUCAAUCUCGCGACUACUUCGCGGUGGUGCCCGAGACCCAGACGGCAAAAAAGAUUAUAGCAUCGAUGGCAUACUUGGAGGCCGAGGUUCUGACUCAUCAGACAUUGAUUCGGAACCGGGCUUAACACUAAAGAGGAAGCAACGUCGAUCGCGCACCACAUUUACGGGCGAGCAAUUAGAUGCAUUGGAGAGAGCUUUUCAUCGCACGCAGUAUCCCGAUGUGUAUACUCGGGAAGAACUAGCCCUGCAGACGGGUCUUACUGAAGCAAGAAUACAGGUGUGGUUCUCAAAUCGACGAGCUCGCCUACGAAAGCACACUGGUUCAAAUACAAGUCCUGGAAUUGCUGGCUAUUCAGCCUUACCGAUGCCACAAAUACCUUGUCCCUAUCCUGCUGGAGAAAUACCAUCUUUGUCUCAACACCAUUCGCAACAUCCAGAGUCCUGGCAUCAUCAAAAAUAUGCCAAUUACAAUCAACUUAUGGCCCAGUCACAGCACCUGAACCAGGCCUUCCAAAACGCUGCUUUUCCUAGUACCUCUGGUUCUACAUUUAGCCAUUUAGUUGCUGGAGCGAAUGGUCCGCCGCAUAGUCAAGUACUAGACACAGGUAUUCCAAGAAACGAUUAUGCUCGGUACCCCAACAGUGACAUUUAUAAUAAACCCAUUAAUUAUUUAUCAAAGGAGGCCCAGGGCGAUGACAAAUUGAAUACUGAAGAUGUAAUUGAGUCAAGAGAGGGUACAUUUGAAAAGCCCGCUGGAGAUGAUUACGGCAAAUCGUUACCAAAUAAUGAAUACUCUAAAGUUCCUGCUGAUUACUCAAAAGUCACAUCGGAUCCGACUGCUGCGACUGCAAACUGGAGUCCGUCUCACAACUCAUUAAAUAUGAGUUUAGCAGGUUUAUCUAGUGAAUACAAAUAUAUGAACGAUCCUUAUUCGUUUUCUAAUGUGCCUGACCCGCUUUCACAACAUAAUUACCCCAAUCCACCAAAUACUGCAAACAAAUAUUGGAUUUGA